CUUGUAUAUUUUAUAUUUUUAUAUGUGUGUGUCUUUGUAUAUUUGAAAAAUGAGUGAAGUGUAUUUAGCGAUAUAUUCUAUAGCAGAGUCGUGUCUUGCACCAAUAGAAACGAUAAUAACUCUAUUUAUCAUAAAAUAUUGCAAAUCUUUAAUUAAUAUCAAACUGAUACCGAUCAAGCAAGACUUAUCUGAGCAAGGAUAUAAGAUAAAUCUUUCGAAUUUUGCUUAUGAGAUUAUAAAUAUGAAUGAAAUACCUUAUUAUGCAAGCUUGUGUGAAUUACCAAAUAUUAUUAUAAAUGAAAACAGCUAUGUAGCUGGUUUGUGUACAGUCUUGAGGCAAAUUGUUAAGGAUGUAAGUGCAGAAUCAAUGCACUAUUGUAACAAAUUAUUAGGAUUUAAAGGAUCUUGUUUAAUGGCCUGUUCAGAGGCGAGCAUAUGGACUAAAUUUUGUGAGGUUGAUCUAAUUUUAACAUUGAAAUCUUUAGAUAAAAAAAAUUUAGAUAGACCUGAAUUACCUAUUAGCUUAGCUAGAUUUGAACGUCACAUGUCUCAACCAGUUAGAUUACAUAAUUUAUACAAGUAUACAAUGUGCAAAAAAUUUGCUGCACUUAAUGUAGCUAAACAGAAUGAGACAGGUUUGCUGGAACAUACAUAUGCGGAAGGGACAUUUAUUACAUUAGCUGAUAUAAUCAUAUUUGUGUGUAUGCACAUUCUACUGAAUACAUAUUCAAAUAAAACUAUGCUAAAAUUGGUACCCUUAACAGUUAAAUGGUACAAUAGGAUGUUGACGGAUCAAUUCAUAAUAAAAUGUUUAAAUUGUUUACCUUUGUUAAAGACUCAUAAUUUAAGUACGCUUGAGUAUACAUUUCCAGCUGUGGUAAAUGAAAGCUUAUACAAAAGUGAUCCUAAACGGUACAAGCCCAGAAAUUGCGCAUACACGAAGCAAGAAGAUAUAGAACAUUCGUUGCAAUUAGUGGAAGACAUAAAUAUUUCAAUGGAGUUCGAUGCCGAACCUUUCGGUACGGAAAUAAACUUGAAUUGGUCUGAGGUACCGUUUGACGCAACACCAGAAGGCGGUUCAUUGCCACCUGCCAGACUGCAGCGUAAGCAGGAGCAAUUGCAAAACUUAUGCAAACCCGUUUUAAAAUUAGCGAAAGCGGGAGACGUCAUCGUAGAUUUUUGUUCAGGUAGUGGACAUUUAGGAAUAUUGAUAGCAUACUUAUUGCCUGGCUGCACAAUUAUUCUCUUGGAAAAUAAAGAAGAAUCCUUGAAUAGAGCUAAGAAGAGGGUCCAAAGAUUAAAAUUGACGAAUGUAAAAUUUUGCCAAUGUAAUUUAGAUUAUUUCAAAGGAGAUUUCGAUGUCGGUACAUCAUUACACGCUUGCGGUUUAGCUACAGAUUUAGUUAUUCAGUGUUGCAUACGAAAGAACGCGAUUUUCGUGAGUUGUCCGUGUUGCUAUGGCUCGCUACAAGAUUGUCAUCAAUUAACGUAUCCGCGAAGCGAUAUUUUUAAGAAGCGCAUUGGCAAUAAAGAAUACUCGUUCCUAAGUCAUGCUGCGGAUCAAACGCACGAAGAAUUUAAUGUUAAGACUAAACAAGGCUAUAGAUGCAUGACAAUUGUAGAUACAGAUAGAAAGUUGUUUGCUGAACAAUUUGAAUAUAAAGUUUAUUUUGCAAAAUUAGUUCCAGAAACAUGUACGCUUAAGAAUCAUUUGUUAGUUGGUAUACCAAAAGACAAAUUAGCAAAUGGUAAUGUUUAAAAAAAAUUGAUUGUUUUACUGACGUCUUUUUGCAAAUAAACAACAUUCUUAUUAAAAAAAAAAUGUAUCUUUAAUUACAUCAACAAUUUCUAUAUAUCGAUAUAAAUAUGCAAAUAUAUUUAAAAUUA